UUGUAAGGUAGACGAGAACCAACGGAGACAGGAAAUCUACCAAUCGUAAGACAACGCGAGAACAAGGUUCUCUGAUGGUGAAAUCUCUGGAAAGCGGUUUCUUAUUCUGCAACUUGUGUGGGACGAUGCUGAUUUUGAAAUCGCCCAAAUACGCGGAGUGUCCUCUUUGCUUGUCCAAGCGUGAUGCAAGAGAGAUCAUCGGCAAAGAAAUAUCUUACACAGUUAGUGCUGAGGAUAUCCGGAGAGAAUUGGGCAUAUCACUGUUUGAUGAAGGACACGCACAAGCCGAGAGUGAACUGCCAAAGAUCAAGAAGACAUGCGAAAAAUGUGGGCACCCGGAACUCGUGUACACAACCAGACAGACAAGAUCGGCGGACGAAGGGCAGACCACGUACUAUACUUGCCCAAACUGUGGCCACAGAUUCACUGAGGGUUGAGAAAGAUAUUCUCUUGCUUCUAACAUUGGUGUUACACUUGCACUUUGACCAGAAUAUCGAGUUUAAAUUACAUGGAAUAAUCAAAAUCUGUAUGAUGUGAUUUAACUGCAUCUCCCAUGUAUUUUAACAGAUUUUGUCAUGUUUUUAAUCAGGUUGUUGUUAUACCAUGAAACAUCAUUUAUAAUUAUGUCAUCAAUUUCCUAUUAUAUGCA